ACCGAUAACCUGCUCGCGGUGUGGCCCAGUAACUCGGGCUGGACUGGAACUGUACACCACAGCGGCCAUGGAGACCGGGCCGCCAGACCCAGAGAUGAUGUUUGACCCAGGUCACAUCAUCUUCUCCCUCCAGUUUGGUAUUACUGACGAUGUAUUACAAAAUCUGGCACAUUGCAGAUAGCUACACAGCCACACAAACCUUGGAAAGGGCAUCGAAGGGGACUUGUGAUUGGAGGAGCUGGAGCACUAACAUGGGAGAGACAAACUAUGAUUGGGAUGUAUUGAAAGAACCAGAUGGCUGUGUGAGCUCUGAGGUUGCAAUACCAAUUAGCGGGGAUGUUCCAGCGUUAGUGCAACAGUUUGUGGAGGAGAAAAUUCAGACCACAAUGCUGACGGGAAUGAUGAUUGGAGCGCUUGCUGCUGUUCUUAUAGUGGCAAUUGUUGUAUUUUUCAUCUACAGAAGAGUAAAGCAAUCAAAACAGCAGCAGCAGGGUGUGACUAGGUACAGGUUCCGGAAGAGGGACAAGGUGAUGUUUUAUGGAAGAAAGAUCAUGAGAAAGGUGAAACUGUCUACCUCAUCACUGGUUGGGAACAAUGUGCCUCGUCAGAGGUUGAGGAAGAGGCAGAAGGUACUGAACCUGGCUAGAAGAAUACUCCGACUCAAGAAGGAGCCACCAACCUUGCAGCCAAAAGAACCACCAUCUUCACUUCUGGAGGCUGAUCUGACCGAAUUUGAUGUUAAAAAUUCCCACUUGCCUUCUGAGGUUCUUUAUAUGCUCAAGAAUGUUAGGGUGCUGGGACACUUUGAGAAACCGCUGUUUCUGGAACUGUGUAAACACAUGUUCUUCGUACAAUUCCACGAAGGGGAAUACAUCUUCCGUCCAGGCGAGAUUGAUGACAGCAUCUAUGUGGUACAGGAUGGGAGACUGGAACUCUGCAUCAAUGAGAAUGAUGGCACUGAAGUUGUGGUGAAAGAAGUCCUACCAGGUGACAGUGUGCAUAGUCUUCUCAGUAUUCUGGAUGUAAUUACUGGUUAUCCUGCUCCGUACAAAACGGUGUCUGCCCGGGCACUCUGUACAUCCACUGUUCUGCGCUUGCCAGCUAGUGCAUUUCAGUCAGUCUUCCAGAAGUACCCAGAAACCCUGGUCAGAGUGGUUCAGGAGAGUCAGGCCAUCCCCUUAGUAUCGCUGUCCAGCAUCGCCCCAUCCAGCCCCGGAAAAAUGGUCAAGCGGCAACAUAGCGUCUUAGGGGUGGAUGAAGAUCAUUUUGAGAAAGUGAGCAGAGGUGGUGAUGUUCCAACAUACGGUUUGGAAACAGAUUACAGGAAUGUGGCAGGGGAUACUUUAAACAAGAGAGUGCGCUCAGCUUCUGCACCUUUGGAUAUCCCAGGAGGAGCAACCAGUAGUAAAUCUGACAUGGAUAUGGCUUAUGAAAGGGCAAGAAUUAGCCUAUCAGCGGAGGAACGUUGUUCCAGUCCUGUCAUGUCUGCUCUCAAGUCUUCCCUGAAGAAAAGUGUUACCAUGAUGGAGCAGCCUUCUGCGGUUCACCACUACACUGAGGGUGAAGAACGAGCAAGUGUAAUUAACAAUCACAGACAACAGCACGCCAUUUUCGAGGCUGCCAAGAAAGAUCUUCUGACCUUAAUGAAACUUGAUGAUCCUUUACUGCUGGAUGGUAGAGUAACUCUUCAACAGGUUAAAGCUGGAACAGUUGUAGCAAAACAAGGUGACCAGGAUGUCAGCAUUCAUUUUGUGAUAUCGGGGCUGUUGCAUGUUUACCAGCGGAUGAUUGACAGGGAAGAGGAGAAUUGUCUGUUUGUUGCUCAUCCUGGAGAGAUUGUAGGACAGCUUGCUGUGCUGACUGGUGAGCCUCUCAUCUUCAGCAUCAAGGCUCAAAGGGACUGCACUUACCUUUGCAUCUCCAAAUGCCACUUCUAUGAGAUAAUGAGGGAGAAACCUAAUGUGGUGUUAACCGUUGCUCACACUGUGGUGAGGAGAAUGUCUCCAUUUGUGCGACAGAUUGAUUUUGCCUUGGACUGGAUGGCAGUAGAAGCUGGACGAGCUGUGUACAGGCAGGGGGACAGAUCAGACUGCACGUUUAUUGUAUUGAAUGGUCGACUCCGCUCAGUCAUCAUGAGGGAUGAUAAGAAGAAGGAGCUAGCAGGAGAAUACGGCCGCGGAGACCUCAUUGGAGUGGUAGAAGCCCUUACUCGCCAGCCCUCCGCCACUACAGUCCAUGCCGUGAGAGACUCUGAAUUAGCCAAACUUCCCGAGGGAGCUUUGAACUCCAUCAAGCGCAGGUACCCUCAGGUGGUUACUCGACUCAUUCACCUACUUGGCCAAAAGAUCCUUGGUAACUUGCAGCAAGUCAGCGGCCCAUUAACAGGUCGUGGCUUGGGAAUCCACACACUGAGCAACAAAUUGGAAUCAGUGGGAAAUCCUGCCAGUAAUCUCGCUACUGUGGCCAUUCUUCCUGUUUCUGAGGAUGUUCCCAUUACUGCCUUCACUCUGGAACUCCGACAUGCCCUCAGUGCCAUAGGUCCUACCUUACUACUGAACAGUGAUGUCAUCAAACAGCGUCUUGGAUCUACUGCUUUGGACAGCAUCCAUGAGUACCGAUUAUCAAGCUGGCUAGCUCAGCAGGAAGAUAUCCAUCGAAUUGUACUGUACCAGUCUGACAGCAGCAUGACUCCCUGGACCCAGCGCUGUAUCAGGCAGGCUGAUUGCAUCCUUAUUGUUGGGCUGGGAGAGCAGGAGCCAACAGUUGGAGAGUUGGAGCGCAUGUUGGAGAACACAGCUGUGCGAGCUCUCAAGCAGCUCAUCCUACUGCACAAAGAGGAUUGUCCCACACCAGCUCGAACCGUUGAGUGGCUCAACAUGAGGAGCUGGUGCUCCGGUCAUCUACACCUCUGCUGUCCCCGCCGAGUCUUCUCUCGCAAGAGGCUACCUAAAUUGCUCGAGAUGUACCAAAGAAUCUCUCAGAAGCUGCCAGAUCGUCACUCGGAUUUCUCCCGCUUGGCUCGAAUUCUUACUGGCAAUUCCAUUGCACUGGUCCUGGGAGGCGGAGGAGCGAGGGGCUGUUCUCAGGUGGGGAUUAUCCGAGCGAUGCACGAGGCUGGUAUCCCCAUCGACAUGGUGGGUGGGACCUCAAUUGGCUCGUUCAUGGGGGCACUGUAUGCAGAGGAGAGGAACGCAAACCGCAUGAGGAACAGAGCCCAGCAAUGGGCCAAGGAAAUGACAAAUGUUUUCAAGAAAGUGCUUGAUUUGACAUACCCAAUCACCUCCAUGUUCUCAGGAUCUGCUUUCAACAGCAGUAUCAGUAACACCUUUAAGGACAAACAGAUAGAGGACCUGUGGAUUCCUUACUUCAAUAUCACCACAGAUAUAACUGCGUCUGCCAUGCGGGUUCAUACUGAUGGUUCUCUCUGGCGAUACUGUCGAGCCAGUAUGUCCUUGUCGAGUUAUCUGCCUCCUCUUUGUGAUCCAAAGGAUGGUCACCUGCUCAUGGACGGAGGGUAUAUCAACAAUCUGCCAGCUGAUGUCGCACGGUCUUUGGGCGCAAAGGUGGUGAUAGCAAUUGAUGUUGGCAGCCAGGAUGAAACCGAUCUGACAAAUUACGGAGACUCCCUUUCUGGCUGGUGGUUACUGUGGAAACGCUUUAAUCCUUGGGCAGCAAAAGUGAAGGUUUUGGGCAUGGCAGAGAUCCAAACUCGCCUUGCUUACGUUUGCUGUGUGCGGCAGCUGGAGGUGGUGAAGAACAGUGACUAUUGCGAGUACAUUCGACCUCCGAUAGACCGCUAUGGAACCCUUGAGUUUGGCAAAUUCGACGAAAUUGCAGAAGUGGGCUAUCAACAUGGGAAGACACUAUUUGAGCUGUGGAGCAGAAGUGGAGUUAUUGACAAUAUCCUGAAAGACAGACCGAUAGACAACGUCACCAAGGCAUGGCCCUCUGAUGUUACCUGUCCAAAUGCCUCCUUCACUGACCUGGCUGAAAUCGUGUCUAGAAUCGAACCUGCAAAGUUGCUGGUUGUGGAUGAUGAGUCCGACUACCAGACUGACUAUGAGGAAGAUGCUUUUGACACUGAGAGGGAUGACUUCGAUGGUGUCCCCAGUGAACAGAAUGAAGAUGAGAUCUCUAACAGUGAUGAAGAAUGUGAAUUGAAGAAAAAGCACUCCACUUCUGGAGCUCAGAGCACUGAGGCCUAAUGGAAUGAAGCACCAACCUCUGCAGGCUGUAUCCUGGCAGGCUGUGGGUUUAUUAGUUUUCAGUCCUCUGUUCCUUCCCAUGUUUUACUUUCCAAUGUUUGACAGCCUCUUCCAUUUCAUAUUUGGGGGCUAGGAUGGAGGGAGGGUGUUUGUGGCAAAGCAGUUACAGCAGAAUUGCCUGUCACACACUGUUUGUAGUUGGAGUGUGUGAAAUUGAGGCCUUAUAGAUCUGGUUUUGUAAACCAAAUUGUACAGAAAUUGUUCUCAGACUGUCACCUUAAAAGUCAGAUGUUUAGCGUGUCCGUAUCUAAAUUACUCCAGGACUACUUUAAAACACCUCAUUCCUCCCCACCUCCUCUUCCCCUGCCGACAUCCAUUAGUAAAAGUUCCAAAAACAAGUCUUUACAGACUCAUUUAGCACUUUAAAUCCACACACGGUUGUCCUUUCAAUGUCAUGGUGUAGCAUUUCAUCCUUGUUUCUGCCAAAGUGAAUGUGUGCAUUUUAAACCAAGUUCAGCCAUUUAUAGUUGCUUUACAGUGCACCCCUGUAACUGCAGGGGCAGUGGACAAGGAACAGGGGACCUGUCACCAGGCCUCUGCCCAAAUACUGUUCUUCAGGUCACCAGCAGGAGGCAGCCCUCACACACUUCUCUGAUUUUUCUCACUUGAAGUAGAUCACCCAUCUUCUUUUAUUGUUGGAGGGUAACAAAAAAAAAUGCCUUGCACAUUACACACAAUCUUUGAGAAAACACGCUCCUGGAAAGCUAGUUGUUUUCUUUGUUUCUGAGUGGGUUUUCAAUUCUGAACGACUGCUCCCAGCCCUACCCCAAGCACAAGCUGUCCACUCCAGACCUGCCUGAAUCUUCACACAAAACACCCUGCCCCAAGUAUUGUGCUGGCAAUUAAACUUCUGUUACCACCCCUCCUGGUUUAUUACCAGUAAUUAAUUUCCUUCCCGUUAGCUAGCUAUGAGCAGAGUGGAUCCUAGUUAAAAGAAAAUGCAUACCUCAUAGUCCCUGCAUUCCAAACUCUGACUGAUUUCCAGAACCCAGUUUAUCUGUUGCAGCUUAUUGACAGUGUUGUGAUUGAUGGUUACCAUGGAGAAUGGACACUUUGCAGGACACCUCCCACCCCAACCCCCAGGGACUUUCUGGUAUCAGGCUCUGUCUAUGUCUGUAUCAUACUGUAUGUUGGCAUGUAAUUGUCCACACUUGCACUGGCUGACAGUGCUAUUCCCAGGCACAUCGUUCCUUUGACCGAGAGAGAACUCUCAACCUUCUGCAAUUCUCCUGGUUGAUGUCUCUCAUCUGCCCUACCCAGUGCCCUUACUCCUCGAGGCUCAGUUGACUAAGCGAUUUCCUCACAUCUCUGCCAGUUUUCCCGGUUUGGACACCUGUAAACUGAGUGAAUGUGGUCCAUGACUAAUGGGUGAAGUUUAAAGCAGCAAAUGUACUGCAGCUGUCAGAGGCCAUUCCUGCUCCUCUUUUUACCAUUCUCAAACCCCUGAAUCCUCAGACUAAAUAUAGGAGAAAGAUGCCGUGUGAAGCACAAGGAGAAAUCCUCCUGUUUUCCUCUUCUCUCCCACCCUUUCGCAUAUCCUUUCACAAAUUGAAGGCUAUGGACAUAUUGAAUGCAGCUCAGGUUUGAUACCUAUCCCUUUGUGUCUCUUGUGAUAGCUGCAAUAUUCCAGAUUGGGCACCUUCCAGGAGUGUGUUGUAUGGAGAAUUGGACUGUUCUGUAAAAACGGGCAUGGCAUUGUGACCGCUGUUUUCCGACAAGCGGUACUUACAACUCUGAUAUAAACUGGGUGCAUUUUCCUGGCAUUUAAAUUGUGUCAAUCUCAUCAGAACCUCAAAUUCCAGUUUGGGUAACUUGGGUUCCUCCCCACUCCUCCAUGUUUGCUUUGUACUUUUCAAGCCAAAGAUGAGUGCAUUACAUGGUCCAAAUAAACCAAGGAAACAAGAGAUCAAUGUAAUUAUAAGGCAGCAUCACUGUGCAUCAAUGUGUUGUAAGCUCUGGUUCUGUCCUCAUGUAAGGCAGAUUAACAGCUAUAGAGUAAUCAUUCAGCAAGUGAUUACUGUAAAAUAAUCUUAACAUUCUGUAGAAUAUCAGUGUGCUGAAAGUUACGAUAUAUAAAUAAAAUAUCAAUGCUGUAUGGACUCUUCCCCUCCUCUCCACCCCCUCUCUGUCUCUGUGUCUGUCUCUCUCUCUCUCUCUCUCUCUCUCUCUCUCUCUCCAGUCUUUGGUAUUUCAGCUCCCUAUUGUGUGCAUAUAUUCAUCUACAGCCCACAUGUUUAAUUUAAUCGACAGGAAGGUCAUGAGCUAACACAGGUCAGUAUCUUGCUGCUGACUGGCCAGCCGCAGGCCCUCUACCUGAGUGGCACAUAACUCCUGUUCCCUUUGGCCCCCUCCUUAUGGAAGCUGUAUUUGAUGAUACAAUGAAGAGUAAGAAUCACUGGGGAAGUACAGAUCUCCCUUCAUCGUUCUACACUACCUGCCGCCAAUUGAUAAUUUAGAAACCCUAAUGCAGCAGGCCUUUCCUUGCAGCUUUCCCAGAGAUGCACCUUAUCUCUUUAAGGUUGCAGUUGUGUUGUCUGCAGGAUAUACAGCUCAGUGUAUGAAGGACGUGUUUACUUUCAGUCAGCUGAGAUUGAUUCUGUGAUGAGAGUGAGUGCAGAAAUCCCAUACAAAAAAAAUUUCACCUGCUAUCCCUGGAACCUGAAUUUGAUAAAGACUUGGGGGAGUCUUAACAGUGAUUUCUCAUGUUUUUUUGGUUGCUUUCUUUAAAAUGUUGGAGAUAAAACCACUGAAAGGAACACGUGAACCUUUAAUAGCAUCUCCUGCCAGUUCCAUCAAAGGAGAAUGAAAGGGUAAAGUCAUACUCCAUUAAUCAUGCCUCUCUGUCAUGUAAUUGGAGUCCUGUAGCAGGUUAAAAGCUUAACUGGAGUGAACAAUACACAGAAAAUACUAAAAGCCAAAAGGACUAUUGACAUAUGAAGCACAGUUGUUGAGAAUUUGUCCAUUCCUGUAGCCAUCCUGGCUGCGAUCAGGUGAAGGAUUUUUUUUUUAGUUGCAAUAAUCAAUGCAAUAUUUAAUGUUCUUGAAACUUUAUUUGUACAGAGUUGAGACACUAAUGAUCAUUAACUGGUGUCUGGUGCCUUGACAAUAGAAUCAAUCCCCUCCCACACGAGGCUGGCCACAGCUCCUGCCAGAAUCAAAAAUGCAUUCAAACCACAGAGUUUUGCAAUCUGAAUAGGUAGGGGGAGUAUAUAAGCAAUGAGCCAAAGCCCCUUGUAAUUUAACAUCGAGAAACCAAAACAGAACUCUGAAUGUGCCGUUAGAGAAUCUUUACACGGGUGAAAAAUAUUAUCUGUUCUCAUCCUGUCCGAAAUGCUGUUUUGUGACUGGUGUUUCACAGUGUGGUGACUUUACUGAGCUGCGCUGAAGCUAUGUGCUGUACCUUCCAGCUGUGCAGCUUUCAAGGGUAACAGUGUUUGAACAGCUUCAGUCCAGUUCUCGUGCUGAGAAAGGACAUGUCUGAUUCUGAUGCUGGAACAGUGCAGUCAGUCCCUUUACUAGAAAACCAGGACAAAGAGGGAUCCUCAGUCCCAUUUGUGGAGGGAUGUUUCAGGGGGAUAUAUUGGGGGUGGUAAAAAAAAACUCCAGUUAAUGUCAGGCCUAUCUCAGCUCUUUUAAUGUAAUUAGCAACGUACGUUGUAUAAUCCCUACCUCUCCCGGACUCCGUUUUGAACGGGGAGGACAAUCUUACUUAGAAUCACUGCCUGAGUUUGAAUGAAGAGAAAUGAAUGUUAUGUGUUAACUCUAACUAUGGAAUAUUGGCUUGUGAAAUACUGAGUGUUUAUUAUCUUAAGGCUUUUUUAAAUUCUCUUUAAUGUUCUGUUAAUGAGCCCUGUAUGAUUUUGUGUUUGGAAAGCCCCUGCACUAUUUGUUGAUGGGCAGUCUGUUAGGGUGUUAAUUGAAGCCUUGAUGUGCCUGUUGUUCAAAUCCAUCCCUCAUGGCAUCUCCCAGUGGCUCAUCCAGGGAGAAGGACCAAGAAUGAGAAACCUCAGGGUCUCCCAUGAAGGCCACCUGACACGUUGGUCGGGAGCCACAUGUUUGUCCAUGAAGCCAGUCAAUCUGCUGAAAGCGGGCACUGUCUGUCUACACAAUGUGACAUGGCAAUGGACAGCACACAUCAACAUGAUUGUGGGGCCUGUUCCUGGUUGUGUAUCAUUGGAACACAAUGUCAGGUGGUGCUGGGGGAUUGAGCUACCAUUGGCCACAAUGCCUCGUGACCAAAGAAGGGUGGAGGGUUUAGCAGGGUGAAAGUGGAGCUGUCAAAUUAGAGUCCAUAUUUGAUGCCGUCAAAGGUAUUUAUUACACACAGUUGAAGCUGGCAGACAAAGAAUUGUCACUUGGGCACGCUACCAGAAUGUGUACAAUAGAGUGCCAUUUCUCAGCUUGACAGCAAUCUCAUUGGAGCUGCGUGGUCAGGUAUUCAAACCCCACUCUAAUGUAUGGAGCUGGGAAUGCAGCAUUGUUGAAGCUGCUGUUCAGUUGGAUUGAAGAGACGCCAUAGCUUGAAGCAUGGGAUAUUCUCCCAAGGGCAGUAGUCAACAUUAUCUUCUCCCUCCAGCUCCCCCCCCCACCCAAACCAAAUCUGAUUAACUGAUCUCUUAUGGCAUUGCAUUCCUGCAGUGGGAGUAUUGCCUGCUGCAGCUGAAUAGCCAGACUCUCUCAGUAUAUGGAGAAAGGAAAGAAAAUGGGAGGAAAAAAUUAGAUAGAAAGGAAAUUGCAAGCAGGUGCCUUAGCAUUUUCACUGGGAGACUCUGGGGGUGUUCGAUGGAUUUUGCUAUGCGGGUUGUUACAACAGCUUUUACAAACUGAGCAGAAAUACAUUUAGGGGCUUGUGUAGGACAGAGUUAUUAACACAAGCUUCAACUGUUGACACAGUGAAUGGACGUUUAUCAUUGAGGAGUUUACAUGAGAGUAGUUUCUUAUAUCAAAUCUGUAUGUAACUAACAUGAAGUAUUUUAAGUAUCCACUUUAUAUUGUGCCCAUGUGCCUUAUAUAUCCAUUAAAGAUGAUUUCUUCAUUGUU